GGAAGCUGCUGGCGGCCGGUGGGCGACCUGUGCUCCGGGCGCGGCGGCCCCGCGGGUCCGGACCCGACGCCCGGCCGGCCCCGUCCCGACACCCCGCCCCGUCCCGACCCGAGCUGGCCCGGCCCUUCCAGCAUCAUGGCCAGUCCAAGAACCAGGAAAGUUCUUAAAGAAGUCCGAGUGCAAGAUGAGAACAAUGUUUGUUUCGAGUGUGGUGCAUUCAACCCUCAGUGGGUGAGUGUGAGCUACGGCAUCUGGAUCUGCCUGGAGUGUUCUGGGAGACACCGGGGGCUUGGUGUGCACCUCAGCUUUGUGCGCUCUGUUACAAUGGACAAAUGGAAGGACAUCGAGCUGGAGAAGAUGAAGGCUGGUGGGAAUGCGAAAUUCCGAGAGUUCUUGGAGGCACAGGAGGAUUACGACCCUGACUGGUCCCUGCAGGACAAGUACAACAGCAGGGCGGCAGCCCUUUUUAGAGAUAAGGUGGCCACGCUGGCUGAAGGUAGAGAGUGGUCUCCAGAGUCAUCACCUGCCCAAAACUGGACCCCACCUCAGCCCAAGAUGCUGUCGUCUGCUGCUCACAGAUCCUCCAGCCAGCCUCAGAAUGUGAGCACCUCAGGGGAUAAGGCCUUCGAGGACUGGCUGAAUGAUGACCUCAGGUCCUACCAAGGGGCCCAGGAGAACCGCUACGUGGGGUUUGGAAACACGGUGCCACCUCAGAAGAGAGAAGACGACUUCCUCAACAAUGCCAUGUCAUCCCUGUACUCGGGCUGGAGCAGCUUUACCAUGGGAGCCAGCAAGUUUGCUUCUGCAGCCAAGGAAGGUGCUACAAAAUUUGGAUCCCAAGCAAGUCAAAAGGCUUCAGAGCUGGGCCACAGCCUGAACGAGAACGUCCUCAAGCCCGCCCAGGAGAAGGUGAAGGAGGGAAGGAUUUUGGAUGAUGUGUCCAUUGGGGUCUCUCAGUUGGCAUCGAAGGUUCAGGGAGUUGGCAGUAAAGGAUGGCGGGAUGUCACCACCUUUUUUUCUGGGAAGGCGGAGGACCCUUUGGAUAGGCCCCCGGAGGGCCAGAGCUACCAGAACAGCGGUGGGGACAACUUGCAGAACAGCGCCCUGGACCAGAGCUUCUGGGAGACCUUCGGGAACGCGGAGCCCGCGAAGACCAAGUCGCCCAGCAGCGAGAGCUGGACGUGUGCGGACGCCUCGACGGGGCGGAGGAGCUCAGACAGCUGGGACGUGUGGGGCUCGGGCUCCGCGUCCAACCACAGGAACAGCAACAGCGACGGCUGGGAGAGCUGGGAGCCCACCGGGGAGGGCAGGGCCAAGGCCUCCAAGACGGCAGCCCCCUCUACGACCGCUGACGAGGGCUGGGACAACCACAACUGGUAGGACCCCGCUCCGCCCCCGGCCCGGCCCAGCCCGUCGGGGCAGCUGCCGUGUUUGCACUUUGCCCUCGUUGCUCCUCGUCAUUCCUUCCACUGACCCAAGAAACGACCUCGGAGAGAAGACAGGCUGGACUCGGGCCGGCGCCCCCCGGGGCCCGCCGCCCGCCUCGCCACCCGCGUGCCUCCCCUCCCCGACGCUGGGGGGCAGGCUGGGGUGCCGUCGGCAAGGCCCGGUGGCUGCUUUUGUUGAAAAGUUCCUAUUCACCAUCCACGGUCUGCUCUCGUGUUUUCUUUGUGAAGAAAAUGACUGGAAUCUUAAAAGAUAAACAUGCCCAAAGCAGGACUGGAGCUCGCACUGCCAUCCAACGCCCCUCCCCCGUCCACGUCUCCUCGUGGCCUGUGCCGUGACGCCAUGACCCACCCUCAGGCCCACCUGCAUCUCCCUGUCGCCCAGCCCCCAGUCCCGCAGGACAGACCCUCCCCCGACGGCCCUGACCUGAAGCCACACCGGUCUCUGCCUCGAACUCCUCCAUCUCUGGACGCGCUGGACGACUCAGAUGUCUGUCCCCUCCCACCCCGCUGUACAGGGAUCCUGAUGGUGGGUGGGGUGGGCACAAGGGCAGGUAGGGCCUGUGUUCACUGCCAGGGGCAGGGCAGCCGCCUUGCUGGGGACACUGUCCCAGGGGGGCAGCUCCUUGCCUGCUUCACUGUGUGUUGUGUCUGCACAGCUAGACGUUCUUGCCAGCCCAGACCCGGGGUCAGUGCCACUGAGCACGCACGCUGUGGCCCCGGCCCUCCGUCCGGCCCGGGCCCUGUCCCAUGUGGCGUUGGGGUGUCAGCAGCCAUCCUGCAGCCCUCCAGCUUGGAGCCGGUUGGACAGUGAAGAGUACUGUGCAGGCCCCUUGGACAUGGGGACCCCAGUGCCCUGCAGAUAAGACCCUUCGCGUGAUGGCGGUGCUCCCUGGGACGGCCCGCCGGCCAAGGAUUGGAGCAGCCCUGUGGGAGACCGGGAGGGCACGGUGGGGCCUCCCAUCCCCACACCACUCUUUUCUGAUCCUCAGUCUGACCAGCAGUGCAUGACCUGAA